CCUGGUGUCGGGUGAGGGGUCCCCGUAAACCCAGCCCACGCACCCCACCCUAGAGGGACUGCAUCCCAGCACCAGCCAAUGGGUGAUUCUGGACCAGUUCAACCCCGGCCUGAGGAGUUUUGUCACGAUGGGGAAGAGUUACCAACGAGCACUCUCAGGGGUGACCGUAGCGGCCAAGGGUUAUUUCGACGCCCUGGUGAAGCUGGGGGAAUUGGCCAGCGACAGCCAAGGGUCCAAGGAACUGGGGGACACCCUGUUCCAGAUGGCCGAGGUGCAUCGCCAGAUCCAGGUGCAGCUGGAGGAAACGCUGAAGCUUUUCCACUCGGAGCUGCUGGCCCAGCUGGAGCAGAAACUGGAGCUGGAUGUGAAGUACCUGCUGGCCACCCUGAAGAAGUACCAGAGUGAGCACCGGGCCAAGGCGGAGGCCAUUGAGAAGUGCCAGGCCGAGCUGAAGAAACUGCGCAAGAAAUGUCAGAACAGCAAGAACCCCCAGAAAUACGGGGACCGCGAGGUGCAGUACGUAGAGGUGAUGAGUGCCAAGCAGAGCGAGCUGGACCGUUUUGUGGCGGAGGGAUACAAGGCUGCUCUGACCGAGGAGCGCCGGCGGUACUCAUUCCUGGUGGAUCGCCAGUGCGCUGUGUCCAAGCACUUCAGUGCCUACUAUGCCAAGGUGAAGGAGCUGCUGGGGGCCAAGCUGCCCGGCUGGCAGCAGUCCUGCGUCCAGCCCACCCGCCUGCCUGACCGCGCUCUGGCCCUGGUGAAGCAGACGGCCAACAACCCUGCCGCGCCCGUCAUCUCCGACCCGCUGCCCGCCCCCCAGCCCCUGGAGGUGCCCCCCGAGCUGGCACCCCUGCUGGGGGGCGGCGGGCUGGCCCUCAACCACCGCGUCUCACUGCAGGAAGCGACUCCGCUCCCCAACGGCGACUCUCACCGCACCCGGGGCUCCCGUGACCUGGGGCACCCGCCCGCCAGCGAGCUCCUCACCGUCCCGCUAGGCCUGCCGGCCCUGCAGCCCGCACCAGCCACGCAGACCCCCCCUCCGCCCAGGGCCAGCGACGGCUACUCCUGUACCCUGCCCAUCCCCCGCAAAGCCUCCGCGGAGACCCGCCUCGCCACGCUCAAGAACAGGACCCUGCCGCGGGUCGGGGCGCUGGCCGAGCGGCGCCGGGUCCAGGCCGUGUUCUCCCACGCGGCCGGCGAAAGCAGCACCUUGCUCAACUUCCAGGAGGGCGACGUCAUCGCGCUGCUGGUGGCCGAGGCCCGGGACGGCUGGCACUACGGGGAGAAUGAGGCCACGUGCAUGAAAGGCUGGUUCCCCUUCUCGUACACCCGUCCCGUCCCCCCUGCCGAGACCGCCGAGAAACCCCACGGCAGUUUUCCCCUGAGCAAACUCAACAGCAGCAGCACGGGGACCCUGGACAAAGUGGGGUGCGUGGCCCCCAGCCCGGAGGGAGGUCACGGGGGGGCCACCUUGCGCUACGCCCCCUCCCCCCGCUCCAGCACCUUCCGCCAGCGCCCCUAUAGCAUGAUGAACCCCGACCUGUCACAGUUAGCGAACGAAUUUGGGAGCCCCCCGAACUCCUCCCCAUCCAGGUCUAACCCCUUCGCUCACGUCAGGCUGAAACGGACGGUGACCAACGACCGCUCGGCCCCGCUGAUCCAGUGAGGCCCCGGGCACCCGCCGAUCGCCCCCUGGGGGAGAGAUGCCAGGAGCCCCCCCGCUCGGGAAGGACUGGGGAACUGACGGGGGGCCUCCCCCCUAUGCAGCCCGCAGCUCCGUCUAGUGGCUGCUUUGCAGAAGAGCAUCUCAACAGCUGGGCUCGGGCCGUAUCACGCAGCGGGAGGGUUCGGGGUUCGAAUCCUGCCGGCGAUGCCUGGAGUGGGGGGAGCAGGAAUGGAGCUGGGCCCCGGGGAGCCACAGGGUGGGGGAAGGGAGGGGGAGAGGCUGCCCCCCGAGAUAGAAAUGCCUCCUGAGGGCUCUGCUAUGGGUUACGUGUGUAUCUGUCCGUCCCCCCUUGCACCCCUCUGUCAUCUCCCUACACACAUCCAUCCCCUCUGCACUCCUCUGUCUGCCCCCAGGCCCCCCUCUAUCCGUCUGUCCUGUGCACACAUCCGUUCCCCUGCCCACCCCUCUACCCAUCGGUCCCAGCUCCCCCAGGGGGGCUGCUACGCCCUAGCAUUUCACCAGGCCUUCGGAGGAGCCCGAGGCCCCGCCCUUCCCCCCUGGGCUCCAGCCCCCCUGCUUCCCCCUGGGAGCUCUGCCCAGCCGACCCGCCAGAGCCAGCCGCCUGGGGGAGCUCCUCACCCCCUGCAGGGUCCCCCGGUAGCGCUGCCCGGAUGUGGGGAGCCCAGAGGUUCGCCAUCCACCACUGCCUCGGGCCAUUGUCCCUGCUGGGUUCCCGGCCUGAGCGUCCCCUCCUCAGGGGGGUGAAUUGCCCCACGGCAGGUGGCAUGUAACCGGGGCAGGUGGCUAACGGAAGGCCGGUUUUUAAGCCCGGCUUCCGUGCCAGGCCAACGGGGUGAAACUCGAGGGCAGAGCAGAAGGCGUCCAGAGGUGGGUGAAGGCAGGUCGGUGGAGAAGGGAAAUCCCUGUCUCGCCCAGCGGCUGGAAUCCGAAGGGGCAACCGACGUGUGGCCAAGGGGGUGGGUGGGUCUAGCGUCCUUGAACAAGGCUCUGAAGCAAAGCCGGACGGGCCCAGGGGGAAGGGGGUGGUUAAAAGACAGGGGACAAAGGGGAAAGGGGCAGUUUCCAGACCGGAGAGCGGUAGAUGGGGGGGCCCCUAGAGUCUGGGCUGGGCAGCGUACUCAGAAAGGCAAACGGGGCGAACGCUGAGCAAACACUUGCAGACGAGACAAACUGACUCCGGCUCGUUAAGUCCAAAGCACCCCGCGAAGUGCCCCCAAAAAUCUCCUCGAACAGGGGGACUGGGCCAUGAAACGUGGGGUUGAGAAACAUGACGCUGGAAACCGUCAUCCCAGCCGGACCUACUCCAGGAAGGGAUCUAGAUGAGCAGGUACCACCCGAGACCGAGAUGGCGGAGUCGGGAUCGUUCGCUGCAAACGGCAGGUAACAGGAG